CCAAUACAAAAAUAAUUUAUCUGAGGUGCGUAAACGGAAGUGAACGGUGACCAAGAAUAAUUUCCACGUUAGCAUUUUUGUUGUUCUUUAAACGUUAAUUAUCACUCUGGAACUCAAAAUAUGACUAAUUUAACAGUACAGCAUCACGUUUACCUCAGAUAGUCUUUAAUUAAUGUUGGAGACAGGACUUGGUUGAUAUACGUUAUCUAGGGAACGUUAGCUAACUGCUAACAUGGCUAACUGUAUGGUUUUUCAUACUCAAAUAGCCUCCAUCAUGGAGGUGCUAGCGAAUGCAGCCGUGGCAGACAUCUGUAAACUCGUAGACGACGACUAUGCAGUGUUUCGUUUGGAAAUGACUCAAAGCCAGAAAGAGAACAGGGCAUUGCGGAGGAAACUACAGCUUCUGGAACUGAAGGUGGCACGAGAGCGCGUCCUCGCCAGUCGUCCCAGUAGUGUCAAGAUCCUUGACAGACACAGAGGAAUGGCAAGAGGUGAAGGACAUCUCACUGGAGGCCACAGGAGCUUUGUGAAACCAGCAGGACGCAAUACAUGGCGAGAUGACCAACCAAUCACUGUUGAUGAGGGGAGUGGAACCUCAACCCAGCACGUUAUUGUGAUAGAAUCUGUAGAUGCAGAGGCUGCAGGGUCUGGGGUCAAGCUGGAGAGGUCUGAAGGAGAGGACCCAGGGCAAAGCAGAGACAUCCAGACUGGAGCGGCUGGAGUGCUCCCUGUAGCCACGGAGGACCCCACCACCACACCGCCCAGAACCCGACGCAGCAUCACGGAGGUCUGUGGAACGCCGACCGCUGUCCUCAAGUCUGACCCUGAGACCAUAACUGUAGCACAAAGGCUUUUACAAACAGGAUCUGACCACAGAUCAGAUCCAGAGAGACUGGGGCUGGGGCCACUGGGCUGUCCUCCUGCUCCUGGCUCAGAGUACCUACCGGUAUUUCACCAGAGCCAGAAGACUAAUUCCCGUGGAAAUACUGAUGGUGAUGCGUUAGACACUGGCGGUGAUGAUCUGUCUUGUUUUUACACUACAGAGAUGGACCCUGGCAACAUAUCCUUGGGUUUAGAGACACAGACUGAUCUGUCUAGAGGGGACUGGAAUCAAUACAGCAGUAGUGUAUACUCUGAAGGAUGCCAAGAUAAGAAAGGGGAGGUUAUAGCAGUAGAUGAAGUGAGUGUGAAAGUGGAGGGCGACGCUCCUCUUACAUGGAAUGCAGAUGAGACUCACUUAGGAGAAGGACACUCACAAGGCAGAGAUUUCUUAGAUUACAGGGAAAGCUUAGAGACAAAUCCAAAUGUCUCGAGCCUCUCCCCUUUACACACGCUCAGUGAUCGUGCCCCAGUGUCCACGUCGAAGGGGCCUUCCGAUUCACACGGCCGCGUCCUUUUCGAUCAGGUAUUGAACUCAAAUGACAGGGCUAGAGCCCAGGCUCAGGGAAGGGGAGCAACAUCAGGCAAUAGUAAAGAGAAACGGUUCCUCUGCAUGUUCUGUAACAAAGGCUUCAGCUGCCUCCAGAAGGUGGAGAUCCACCAGAGGGUCCACACAGGUGUGAAACCCUUCAGCUGUACCCAAUGCGAUAUGCGCUUCGCUGAGGCUGGCAGCCUGAAGAGGCACCAGAGGGUCCACACGGGGGAGAAACCCUACAGCUGUACCCAGUGUCACAUGCGCUUCACCCAGGCUGGCAGCCUGAAGAGGCACCUGAAGGUCCACAUGGGAGAAAGGCUGUUUGCCUGAGGUUCUCAGAGAAGAGCUACCUCAGGAUACCCUAGCAGAAAAACUAUUCCACUUCAUAGCUUAUUACGUUUAGAUCAAACCCUUCAGUGUACUGAGCAGAAAAGAUCCACAGAUGCAUUUUGAAUAACGAGAGUAAAAGAUUUCAUUGUUGAAUAUUUCUGGGUAGAAUAUUGCAUCCAGACAUUGUGUGAUAUACACUGAGUGUACAAAACAUUAAGAACACAUUGCUAAUAUCGAGUUGCAUCCCUCUUUUUGCUCUCAAAACAACCUCAAUUAGUCGGACAUGGACUCGAAAGCGUUCCACAGGGAUGCUGGCCCAUGUUGACUCCAAUGCUUCCGACAGUUAUCAAGUUGGCUGUAUGUCCUUUAGGUGGUGGACCAUUCUUGAUACACACGGAUAACUGUUGAGCGUGAAAAACACAGCAGUGUUGCAGUUCUUGACACAAACCGGUACGCCUGCACCUACUACCAUACCUCCUUCAAAGGCACUUACAUCUUUUGUCUUUCCCAUUCACCCCUUGAAUGGCACACAAACACAAUCCAUGUCUCAAUUGUCUCCAGGCUUAAACAUCCUUCUUUAACCUGUCUCCUCCCCUUCAUAUAUACACUGAUUGAAGUGGAUUUAACAGCUGACAUCAAUAAGACAUAGCUUUCACCUGGAUUCACCUGGUCAGUCUGUCAUGGAAUGAGCAGGUGUUCUUAAUGUUUUGUACGCUCAGUGUAUAAAGAACAUAUGCCUAAAGUCUGUUACAUAUUGUAUGUGUACUGUGUAAGCUAUAUGAUGUUCACAAAUGCCUAUUUCAUUACAUCCAUUGAACUGCUUUCCCAAGACACUUUUAAUGAAGAAAUGAAUACAAUUUAUCAUGUUCACGCAGAUUUUUAGUUGAAGUGUAUAUGUGGUUUUCAUAUGGUGUAUUUAACACUUAUGUUUAAUGAACAUAAAAGGAUAUUUUUCUAA